UUGGCGGCCGCUCCGGGGGGGCGCGCACAGCGGGAGGGGCGCGGAGCGGGGGAAGGCGCGGAGGGGGGAGGUCCGUGGCCCUCCCCAUGCCGCGCGCGAUGGUAGAGUCCGCAGCUCAAAUUCCGAGAAUUGGGCUCUGUUGAUUCUUAGAACUGGGGUUCUUAGAAGUGGUGAUGCAAGGAGUUUCUAGGAAAGCCCGGAGACCAGGUUUGAAAGAAACUUUUGGACUGUGAAUUGAGGCAUUGGACUCAAGAUGGCCUCGCCGGCAGACAGCUGCAUCCAGUUCACCCGCCACGCCAGCGACGUCCUCCUCAAUCUCAACCGCCUUAGAAGCCGGGAUAUCCUGACUGAUGUUGUCAUCAUCGUGAACCGGGAGCAGUUUAGAGCCCACAAAACAGUCCUGAUGGCCUGCAGUGGCCUCUUCUACAGCAUCUUCACUGACCAGCUCAAGUGCAACUUGAAUGUCAUCAACCUGGAUCCUGAAAUUAACCCUGAGGGGUUUUGCAUCCUCUUGGACUUCAUGUACACCUCCCGCCUGAACUUGAGGGAGAACAAUAUCAUGGCUGUGAUGGCCACAGCACUCUACCUACAGAUGGAGCAUGUGGUUGACACCUGCCGAAGGUUUGUCAAGUCUAGUGAAGCAGAGAUGGUGUCUGCUGUGAAGACCCCAAGGGAAGAGUUUUUGGCUGGACGGAUGCUGGGCCACCCAGAGGUGAUGGCUUAUCGGAGCAGAGAUGUCUCAGAGAACGGCAUGCCUCUUCAAAACGGGUCCCUCUGCAAUGGGAGGGCCUUUGCACCUGGCUUGAUCAACGGUUUGUCUGGAUCCCCCAUUUCCUACCACGGAUACAGCCCUCUCCCUCUGAACAGCUUCCUAGUGGAUGAUGAAUUGCGGGAGAUGAGGAUGCCUCUCUCUGAACUCUCAAGGGCAGGUGCCUUCCCCAAGGAGAGGAUCCUGCCGUGCGACAGCUCCAGGACAAUCCCCACUGAGUACGUGAGAACCAUUACCGACAUCUCUGCCAACAUGUGCCACGCUACCAUCUAUGCUCCAAAAGAAGGUGCUGCUGAAGAAGCCAGGAGUGACAUGCACUACAGCGUGGCCUCUGGGCCCAAACCUGUCAUCCCUUCAGUCCGGAACAAUCCCUACUUCCCUUGUGAUAAAGUGGCCAAAGAGGAGGAGCGGACCUCUUCGGAGGACGAGAUCAGCCAGCACUUUGAGCCCACCAACACACCCCUGGACCGCAAGGGACUCAUCAGCCCUCAGAGCCCACAGAAGUCAGACUGUCAGCCCAACUCACCAACUGAGUCCAGCAGCAGCAAGAAUGCCCGUAUCGGUCAGAACUCCAGCUCCCUCUUCACCAAGAGCCCCACAGACCCCAAAGCCUGCAACUGGAAGAAGUACAAGUUCAUUGUCCUCAACUCCCUCAACCAGAACGCCAAGCAAGACAGCGCUGACCAGAACGAGAUGGGAACCCUCUCUCCUCGCACCUACGUGCCCAUGUCCACUUGCCAGCAGUCCAUGGAGCCGGAGCAUCUCAAUGUGCAGUCCCCCACCAAGAUAAGUGUGAAUGGUGAAGACUCUACUAUCCCACAAGCGAGCAGACUCAACAAUAUUGUUAACAGGUCCCGGGACGGGUCCCCUCGGAGCAGCGAAGGACAGUCCCCUCUGUACAUGCAUUCAUCAAAGUGCAGCUCCUGUGGCUGCCAGUCCCCACAACAUACUGAGAUGUGCCUUCAUACCCCUGGCUCAAACUUUGGAGAAGAGAUGGGGGAAACCCAGUCUGAAUACUCUGACUCCAGCUGUGAGAAUGGAGCCUUCUUCUGCAAUGAGUGUGACUGCCGGUUCUCCGAGGAGGCCUCUCUCAAGAGACAUUCUCUGCAAGUCCACAGUGACAAGCCCUACAAGUGUGACCGGUGCCAGGCCUCCUUUCGCUACAAGGGGAACCUUGCCAGCCACAAAACCGUCCACACAGGAGAGAAGCCGUACCGCUGCAACAUCUGUGGGGCACAGUUCAACCGCCCAGCCAACCUGAAAACCCACACACGCAUCCACUCUGGGGAGAAACCCUACAAGUGUGAGACUUGCGGGGCCAGAUUUGUCCAGGUGGCCCACCUCCGUGCUCACGUGCUCAUUCACACCGGGGAGAAGCCGUACCCCUGUGAGAUCUGCGGCACACGCUUCCGGCACCUGCAGACCCUCAAAAGUCACCUUCGAAUCCACACAGGAGAGAAACCGUAUCAUUGUGAGAAGUGUAACCUGCAUUUCCGCCACAAAAGCCAGCUGCGGCUCCACCUGCGGCAGAAGCACGGGGCCAUCACCAACACCAAGGUGCAGUACCGCAUCUCGGCCAGCGAGGUGCCUCCGGAGCUCCCCAAAGCCUGCUGAAGGAUUUCCCGGGAGGAGCUUGUCUUCGGGGAGAAGCUGUCCAAAGGAUACUUGCAACACUUUAAAAGGAGAGAGGAAAAAAAAUAAA